AUCGCCCACUUAAAAUCUUCUGGAAACUUUAUACCACCCAGGAAAUACUCGUAGAACAAAACCAUUAUCUCUUUAAUUUACUAGAUCAUCUCCAUAAUUUAGCUCAACUAACAAGCAUUGUAAAAAUAAACCAAAUGCUCGGUUUCCAAUAAUUUAAAGCAAUCAUAUAAAAAUUUUACUCUCCAACGAACCAUUUAAUAGGGCAUUAAACGGUUAAGCAAAAAUGAACCGUAAUGACGUACUACACCUAAGUAUCCUUGUAAAAUUUCACUUAGUUGUUCCACACUAAACUUGCUUGAAGUCCCUUUGUGUGCAAGAUGUUUAUACAUUGGCUUAUCCUGAUCACAGCAUAUACUGUCCAAGUGUCGUCAAGUGCACAAAAAGAGUAUGGUACAUUCAAUUUGACAAUAACACAGUUCGACAUUUGCAAAGGACCAAAGCAAAAGGAUUGUGCGCAUUCGACGGCUUCAAUCAGCAAUACUUCUACUUCUUUGAUAUACGAAAUUGAUGUUCUACAAAAUGUGUCGCCAACAAAGGGAAAAAUUGUAGCAGUAACCAAUAGUAAAGAGUUCCUUAGAUUACAAGUGAAGAAACCAUGCGAGCAUCUUUUUUUGAGGCCUCUCUUCAGUUCCCUCAUGAAUGUUACUAAGGAUUGCUAUGUCGUGAAAGGACACUACAAGUUCCAAGUCGACAUCCUGGCGAUUGCUCAGUCAUAUUUCGGUGGCACAUUUGUGUUUGGCAACUGGACUUUCAAGUCGUUAUUCUACAAUGAUGCUUGUAAUUUCUCUUGCGCCAAUAUACAAGUUGUCAUGUCUCCGAAGAAAGAACACUAAAAGUUAAGGACAAGAAUGAGUAGUCUAUUGGUUAUUAUACACAUU